CUGGCAGAAAGCAGGCGAGCCUGGGCCGACGCGGGGCCUUGUGGGAGGGCUUAAGGAAGUAAAAUGGCGGACCUGGCGAACGAAGAAAAGCCUGCCAUUGCUCCGCCCGUCUUUGUGUUUCAGAAGGAUAAAGGACAAAAGUCCCCUGCAGAGCAAAAAGACUUGUCGGAUUCGGGAGAGGAGCCUCGGGGGGAGGCUGAGGCCCCCCACCAUGGCACGGGUCACCCCGAGUCAGCUGGCGAGCAUGCCCUAGAACCUCCUGCCCCUGCUGGUGCCUCAGCCAGCACUCCUCCGCCUCCCGCUCCUGAAGCCCAGCUUCCUCCUUUUCCGCGAGAACUGGCAGGGGAAGAAGAAAAGACUCUUCCUUUGAACCCAGAAGGAAUCCCCUGAGCCCUUUAUCUUUGUAUUAAGAAGCCUUUUGAAGAUUAUAGGUGGAGAAGACUGUGAACUCUCAAGAACAAGAAAUGUCUUGGGUUUUUGAAGUUUGAUAAAUUGGGAAAGAGGUCAGCUGGUGGCUCCAGUCCUGAAGGCGGAGAAGAUUCUGAUCGAGAAGAUGGAAAUUACUGCCCUCCUGUCAAGCGAGAAAGAACGUCCUCUUUAACCCAGUUCCCGCCCUCACAGUCAGUAUCAAAAAACAAUGUUAUUAUGCCAUCAAGCUUCUGCGAGCCAUCUGCAGGCAAUUCCGACUCAGAGCCAGAGGAAAGGAGCAGUGGCUUCCGUUUGAAGCCACCAACGCUGAUCCACGGCCAGGCCCCCAGCGCAGGUCUGCCAAGCCAGAAGCCCAAGGAACAGCAGCGGAGCGUGCUUCGCCCGGCAGUGUUACAAGCCCCACAGCCAAAGGCGCUGUCCCAGACGGUCCCCAGCAGUGGCACCAAUGGGGUCAGCCUCCCAGCCGACUGCACGGGGGCAGUGCCAGCAGCAUCCCCUGACAAUCCUGCACAGAGAAGUCCUUCCGAAGCUGCCGAUGAGGUGCGUGCACUUGAGGAGAAAGAGCCCCAGAAAAAUGAGUCCAGCAAUGCCUCUGAAGAGGAAGCCUGUGAGAAAAAAGACCCCGCCACACAACAAGCCUUUGUAUUUGGGCAGAACUUGAGGGACAGAGUUAAGCUGAUCAAUGAGAGUGCGGACGAAGCCGACAUGGAGAAUGCUGGACACCCCAGCGCAGACACGCCAACCGCGACAAACUAUUUCCUUCAAUAUAUCAGUUCCAGUUUAGAGAACUCAACCAAUAAUGCCGACGCCUCCAGCAACAAAUUCGUAUUUGGCCAGAAUAUGAGUGAGCGAGUUUUGAGCUUUCCAAAAUUAAAUGAGGUCAGUUCAGAUGCCAACAGGGAAAAUGCAGCUGCCGAGUCGGGGUCCGAGUCCUCGUCCCAAGAGGCCACCCCCGAGAAGGCCAAUAAUUUUUCAGAGUCCCUGGCCGAGUCGGCAGCCGCCUACACCAAGGCAACGGCGCGGAAGUGUCUGUUGGAAAAAGUGGAAGUCAUCACCGGGGAGGAGGCGGAGAGCAACGUGUUACAGAUGCAGUGCAAGCUGUUUGUCUUCGACAAGGCCUCACAGUCCUGGGUGGAGAGAGGCCGGGGGCUGCUCAGACUCAAUGACAUGGCGUCCACUGACGACGGCACGCUACAGUCCCGACUAGUGAUGCGGACCCAGGGGAGCCUGCGACUGAUCCUCAACACCAAGCUGUGGGCCCAGAUGCAGAUCGACAAGGCCAGCGAGAAGAGCAUCCGCAUCACAGCCAUGGACACCGAGGACCAGGGCGUGAAGGUCUUCCUGAUCUCGGCCAGCUCCAAGGACACAGGUCAGCUGUAUGCAGCCCUGCACCACCGCAUCCUGGCCCUGCGCAGCCGCGUGGAGCAGGAGCAGGAGGCCAAGAUGCCCGCCCCGGAGCCUGGAGCAGCCCCAUCCAACGAGGAGGACGACAGCGACGAUGACGAUGUCCUGGCUCCUUCAGGGGCCACCGCAGCCGGUGCUGGUGACGAAGGGGACGGGCAGACAACUGGGAGCACAUAGCGGCUGGGAGCCCGGCUGCACACCAGGCUGCUGCUUUGUCCGUCUGUCCGCCCGCCCGCCCGCCCGCCCCCACCCCACAGGCAGCGUCCAGGUGCGGGGCUGGGAAACACACACCCCGCUGGGCCGGCCACAGUCUGGACCCGCGCGUCCUGUUCAAAAGCAGACUCGGAAACUGCCUGAAUGUGGUUUGGGACAUGAGACCUCAUCAUAUUGAUGAGUGAAACAAACAAGAACAUUUCCUCCCUCCCUUCCUUUGAAUUGAAAUGGCACAUUAAGACUUGUCACAGCUUCUCACUGGGACUGGAGACCUCGUUCCUUCACCCUGCGUGUCGCCAGCCUCUGGGUCCAGCCAGAGCCCCUGGCUUUGCCGCCGCCCACACCCUUCCCUCCCUGCUGCGGCGCCCCGCUCUUGUGGGGAGCAGCUGGCCCUUGGCCUUCUGCCCCCGCCCGGGGGUCUCCGACUACAGGCCUGGGACCCCCGCCCAGCCUGGGGAGCUGCUCACACGAGUGUAGACACUGGGCCCGUUGGAUGUGCUGUUAACUACUAUCUUCAUUUCCCGUUUCUCCCUUUCUGAUUGGGGGGGUGUAUAUUUUACAUCUUUUUUUAUUUUCAAAGGCUUUGUUUUGGUUUCUUAGGUUAAGAUGCUCUCGAGCGUUGAGCAGGCACAGCUCUGUCGAGGCGUCUGUCCCUCCUGUGGUUCUGGCCUCUGAGGUAGGGGGCAGGGACCCCACUUGUUUCCCACCCAGGUUCCUCCAGGCUGAGUCAGGGGGUACUGAGGAGUUGGGGCCCUGUCUGGCCUAGGCCUGAAGAGUGCCUAUUUGGGAAAAGGUCACUGGACCUGGGAGGGUUCCCAGGGUCCCCUGCCCGCCCCCAAUCCCUGUCUGUUACGUGGUUCAGUGUCAUCAGGCACCAGGCACAAACUGCUUCCCGCUGUUGGCCAUCCCUCUCCAGCCACAGGCAUCACUGCCCCCAGGACUGUCCAGGGCCAGGGGCCUCUGUGAGAGCCAGAGGGGGCCCCUCGCCAGGUCUUGGUGGAGGAGCUUGGGGGCUGGUCCCAGAACAGGCGGUCUCACAAGCACGCAGCACACUGGAGUGGACGCCUGUGCCCACCUGACCCUGGAGCGUGGCCAAGAGCCAGCUGGCACCACCUACCUGGGGAGGCCGAGGAGGAGGUCCUCUGGGCACAGGGCCUCUUCAGGACCUCAGAGGAAAUCUCCCAGCCCCACCAUCAGAGGGUUAAGAGAAGGCCGCCUUCUGCAGCUGUGCCGCCCACUCCUCUAGGUCGCCAGAGCCCUGGCCCACAGCCCCCAGCAGGCCUGAACCAGGGAAGAACCAGAGGCCCUCCCGAGAGACCCAGUCACACGUCUCUGCUUUAAGCCUUAGCCAGCUAGUGACGAGUACAACCAGAUAACGCCCAUGUGUUUUGGAACAUUUCUGUAAGAUUGUCAUAUGAAAUGUAUUUGGGAACUACAUUAAACUUUUACCUAAAA